UGAUUACGUCAACUCCUCAGCUCUCGCGGUAUCAGCCGGUUUCUGAGGCCUGUUAACAAAAAUCUCGCGAAAUUUGUCCUAGAGGUCCAAGCUAGACUCUCACCCUCCCCCACUCCACCCCAACCUGUCCUUCUUUGCUCUGUCACCAAAUUCUCCCCUCCCCUCCCUGGAGCUCACGGCCCUCCUCCGGUUCCCGAUUUCAGGCCGGAACCGGAAGUUUGGUGGGCGGGGCCCGGCAGCGGAAAACGCAGCGGAGCCGGAGCCCGGACUCCGCUGUGGCCGCUGCCCCUGUCCCCGCCACGGAUCGCCGUGGCUCCAGGUUGAAGGUCGGUCCGGAGGCGGGUGGGCGCGGGUCUCCCCCGGACUGUCCGGGCGGCAGCCUUCCCGGGCCCCCCGGGCUCCGCGAGGGAUCAUGUCUACAGCCUCUGCCGCUUCCUCCUCCUCUUCGUCUUCCGCCGGUGAGAUGAUCGAAGCCCCCUCCCAAGUCCUCAACUUUGAAGAGAUCGACUACAAGGAGAUCGAGGUGGAGGAGGUUGUUGGAAGAGGAGCCUUUGGAGUAGUGUGCAAGGCGAAGUGGAGAGCAAAAGAUGUUGCUAUUAAACAAAUAGAAAGUGAAUCUGAGAGGAAAGCUUUUAUUGUAGAGCUUCGGCAGUUAUCUCGUGUGAACCAUCCUAACAUUGUAAAGCUGUAUGGAGCCUGCUUGAAUCCAGUUUGUCUUGUGAUGGAAUAUGCUGAAGGGGGCUCUUUAUAUAAUGUGCUGCAUGGUGCUGAACCAUUGCCAUAUUACACUGCUGCCCAUGCAAUGAGUUGGUGUUUACAGUGUUCCCAAGGAGUGGCUUAUCUUCACAGCAUGCAACCCAAAGCUUUAAUUCACAGGGACCUGAAACCACCAAAUUUGCUGCUGGUUGCAGGGGGGACAGUUUUAAAAAUCUGUGAUUUUGGUACAGCCUGUGACAUUCAGACACACAUGACCAAUAAUAAGGGUAGUGCUGCUUGGAUGGCACCUGAAGUUUUUGAAGGUAGCAAUUACAGUGAAAAAUGUGACGUCUUCAGCUGGGGUAUUAUCCUUUGGGAAGUAAUAACACGUCGGAAACCCUUUGAUGAAAUUGGUGGCCCAGCUUUCCGUAUCAUGUGGGCUGUUCAUAACGGUACUCGACCACCACUGAUCAAAAAUUUACCUAAGCCCAUUGAGAGCCUGAUGACUCGUUGUUGGUCUAAAGAUCCUUCUCAGCGCCCUUCAAUGGAGGAAAUUGUGAAAAUAAUGACUCACUUGAUGCGGUACUUUCCAGGAGCAGAUGAGCCAUUACAAUACCCCUGUCAGUAUUCAGAUGAAGGCCAGAGCAACUCUGCCACCAGUACAGGCUCAUUCAUGGACAUUGCAUCUACAAAUACCAGUAAUAAAAGUGACACGAAUAUGGAGCAAGUUCCUGCCACAAACGAUACUAUUAAACGCUUAGAAUCAAAAUUGUUGAAAAACCAGGCAAAACAACAGAGUGAAUCUGGACGUUUAAGCUUGGGAGCUUCCCGUGGGAGCAGUGUGGAGAGCUUGCCCCCCACUUCCGAAGGCAAGAGGAUGAGUGCUGACAUGUCUGAAAUAGAAGCCAGGAUUGCUGCAACCACAGGCAACGGGCAGUCAAGACGUAGAUCCAUCCAAGACUUGACUGUUACUGGAACAGAGCCUGGUCAGGUGAGCAGUAGGUCAUCCAGUCCUAGCAUCAGAAUGAUCACUACCUCAGGACCAACCUCAGAAAAGCCAGCUCGAAGUCAUCCAUGGACCCCUGAUGAUUCCACAGAUACCAAUGGAUCAGAUAAUUCCAUCCCAAUGGCUUAUCUUACACUGGAUCACCAACUACAGCCUCUAGCACCAUGCCCAAACUCCAAAGAAUCUAUGGCAGUGUUUGAACAGCAUUGUAAAAUGGCACAAGAAUAUAUGAAAGUCCAAACAGAAAUUGCAUUAUUAUUACAGAGAAAGCAAGAACUAGUUGCAGAACUGGACCAGGAUGAAAAGGACCAGCAAAAUACAUCUCGGCUGGUACAGGAACACAAAAAGCUUUUAGAUGAAAACAAAAGCCUUUCUACUUACUAUCAGCAAUGCAAAAAGCAACUAGAGGUCAUCAGAAGUCAGCAGCAAAAAAGACAAGGCACUUCAUGAUUCUCUGGGACCGUUAAAUUUUAAAAUAUGCAAAGAAAGACUCUUUUUUAAGGAAAGAAAGACCCUUAUAAUGACAAUUCAUGAGUGUUAGCUUUUUGGCGUGUUCUGAAUGCCAGCUGCCUGUAUUUGCUGCAUUUGUUUCAUCGUUUAUUUUCCUUUUCUCAUGGUGGACAUGCAGUUCACCUGUCUCCUUGCAUAACACGGGGGCAUCUGUACUUGAAUAAGCAGCAGUUCUCAACUUCACAACAGAUGCAGUGAACCGUGGCUGUAUACGCAUGCUCGUUGUGUGAAGGCUAGCCUAACAGAAACAGGGGUAUCAAACUAGCUGCUAUGUGCAAACAUCGUCUUUUUUUCCGAGGUGGAACCUCAAGAAUGAUUUUGUUCUUGUAUCUCAUCUCAAAAAAAAAAAAACAAUAUUUUUUUUUUCCAAAAGAUGGCAUAUACCAAGUUAAAGACAGGGUAUUAUAAAUCUAGAAUAAUUGGUGGUACAUUAUUGAAAUACAGAACUUUAGUGAUAGUUGGGAGUAAGGGCUUUGAUGCCAGCAUCCUUGGAUCAGUAAUGAACUUUAUCCAUAAAAUAUUUAAAGGUAAGUGGCGGCUGCUGUAUUUAAUAGAAGCAUAUUUCAUUAGACUAAAAUUUGACUAUGAUACAUUGAACAAAAUGGAACUUUUUUUUAAAAUAUAAAGAUUUUUAAUUCUGUGAUUGCGUGUAUGUGUGCUGAAACUGUAAAGUUUUUAUGAUUCUAAUAUUAAUAGCCCUGAAAUGAAAUUAAAAGGUUAAUGAACAUGAUCCAGCUUAAAUGAUCAUUCCUUCCUGCGAUGAUUAUUGGACUAUUUUACUGUAUAUUUUAAAAACUAAAGAGAAAUAAUGGAAAAUGGAAAGAAUUGCUCCAGCUAAAAGGCUUAGGCUAAGAUUUCUUUUACAAUACCAAAUGAGUAAGAACCUGGCAAAUAAGGACAAGUUAGUGAGGAAGUUAAAGGAGUAAAUCUAAAUUCAUCAAGUAUCGUAUUUAUCAAUACUGGAAUAAUUGAUUUUCCUUGCAAGCCCAUCGUAGGAAACCUGCUGCCUUUCAACACUUUUAAAGGAAUUUCACUUAUAAAGAGAAAAUUUAUAUUGUUAACAGUAACUUUGCUACCAACUUUGAAAAUAAAAGUAAUAAUAAAACGAGUGAAAUAAUAGACUAUAUAAGCUCUAUUUUUCAGUUGGUAUGAAAAUAAAUUACAUUUUGAUACCAGUACAAGAUGUCUUUUAAAUAGGGAUGUCAUCAACCUCAUUUUUAUAGCAUUAAUGUUUUAUGAAAAAGAAAGUAAAAGCAUAAUUGCUGUGAUUAUUAGGAUUAUAUCGCAAUUGUAUCGUAGUUUUGCUCUAUUUCAGAUAAGCAAGUUGAUCUAAGAAGUUAUCAAAACUAUUCUUAAAAAUGCUAAAGCAGGUAACUUUUUCUUCCAUUAUUUUUUCCUCUUCCCACUGAGUUUUAUAAUGUAUUCCUUAUGUAUACAAGCAAUAAAGGUAAAGGACAGUUUGUACUAAACUGCGUCAUUUUUAGCUUCUUCAAAAUCUGCAGUUAGAAAGUUUCUGGUAAAUAAAUAUCUGCUUAUCAUUUCAUUUAAAUAAAAGGAGGAUUACUCCCAAAUAAUUUAAUUUCCUAGCUAAAAGUGAUAUUAGGCUUAACAUAGUAAUCGUAAAAUAAAAUUGGCACAGAAAAUAACUUUAAAGUUUCACUCUUGCAUAGGGUAUUGCUGCUUGUGUGUACAUCUGUCACUCCACCAAAAGGGACCUAGUCAGUGUUUUUGAGACUUUUCUAAUUAUCUCAGAGCAUGAGAUGGCCAAGUGUGGAUGCUAAGGCUUAAGUUUUCCAUUAGGAUUCAGCAAUGUAGGUUUCAAAUUUUAUUUCUUGUCAUUAGAUUGUUUUUGCCAUACUUUACACACUUAAAGGGAAAAUUUAUUAUUGUUAUUAUUACAUGCAUCAAUCACUACAUAAAAAUAUCCCAGAUAGGUAAAUGGGAGAAAAUAGUGGUUUUAAGACGUGGUGCCAAAUGCAGAAAAAGCUAUAGAACACUUGCUUGUUUGUUUACAGUAUGUUCCUGGGGAUAUCCAGGAGUGUCAUUCUGGACACUGAGUGCAGUUCAGCCUUAUUUGGUUGUGUUUUGUUUGUCUGUUUUUGAGUACUUGUAUUGCCAAACUCGUACUUUUUAAGUCCUGAUUAUCCUUGAUCAUGAAAGGAAAGGAGUCACAGGGAUAAUUAAAAUCCACAGCCAGUUUCAUCAGUAUCCUCACCCAUCAGCCCUUCAAACAGAAGAGCGAAAUUUGUUGUUCUGGUUUUAUCAUUUAUUCUAAUCAUCAUUUUUUUUUGGGGGGGGGGUGUUAGAAAUAGCAGACAGACAAGCAAGUGUCUAAAAGGCCCCAGUCUGAAAAAUUUACAAACAAUCCUUGAAUAAGCCCUAUUUACAUUUUAUUCUUGCCUCCAGGGAAAGAAAACAAAGCUUUUAUCUAGAGGGAAAAACUCCUCAGAACUAAAAAUAGCUUUUUUGAGUCAAAUAAAAAUCAGUUAAAAGUAUUUACCUGAUAGCAACAUAGCAUAUUGAAAAGAUCUGUUUAAAAGUUGUUUACAGAUGUUUGACUAUUUUUGCUGAAGUAUUUUAGAGUAUUGAAUGUCUUUUUUUCUCCAAGUUUCUUUUAUGUUCCUAGUUUCAGCUCCUGCCUGUAGCCGGAGAUCACGGGUCUUCCCUGUGAAACUUUUGUUUCUUUCUGUAAGUGUGUGUGGUUUUCAGUGGUCAAAACUCCUCUCUUCAAAUGGUAGGAAGUUCUACUUCUGUCAUUUAGAACAUUUUAUGUAAAAUGAUGUAAUGCAGAAAUCCUUGUGCAUACUGUAUAAUUGAAGGAAGCUUUUUAGAUUUAUUUUUGUUUGUAAUAAAAUUCAGAUUGUUAUUCUCAACUUGGUCAUAAAAAUGGUGAAUGAUUUAUAU